GCGAGUCUUCAGUUCCGUUCCGUUCGCCGCCGAUUGUAGUUCACGACCAGAAACGAACACGAAUCAAACACGAAAGCUCGCCGGUGUUAUCAUGAGCUUUUUCCGGAAUAUUUUUCAGUGAUCCGAUUUUUCAGUGAUUUGCUUAACCGUAGCAUUUUUCAGUCGGUCCCUUGAGCUGUUAUUGUGUCACCAACUGCUAAAUUUAAACAACAUUUUAAAAUAGAACAAACUGUCGCAAAAUUAACUUCUUCAAAGACACGAUUUUGUGUGCAGGCAUGUGAAUUUUAUUAAGAUAAUUAUUGUGGACGAACUUUUUGGGAAAUGGAUGAAAUGAAACUUUUCGGCACUUGGGUGCUUUUGCUCGGCUUUCUACUGCAAUAUACAGCAACGAAGGAGACGGAAGUUCGAGCACUUGUUGGGACGAAUGUGCUGCUGCCUUGCAGAGUGGACGUGAACCAAUGUGGCACCUUGCACAGCGUCAAAUGGUACAAGGAUACGUCCAGGAUAUAUGUGUUCAGUCAAGCUGGCCAGAUCCGACGGGCGGAAGGAGACGCUACAGAAAGAAUGAACAUGACGUAUAAUGAAGCCAAAAAUGAAACAUUUUUACAAUUAUCUCCGGUGAAAGUAGACGACGAAGCGACUUACAAAUGCGAAAUAACAUAUCUGGAAGUGGUGGAGAACUGUGACGUUAUUCAAAUCGUUAAACUCACGACACUAGUCAAACCGUCUAAUGUUGUUUUGACCUACAAUGGAAAGGAAGUCAACGAAUCAACAAGUUUGGAAGAAAAGAUUGAAGGUGAUGACGUGGUGUUGACGUGCAAGGCACCUGGAGGAAAACCCAUUCCCACAGUGUCUUGGUACAAUGGGACACAACUCAUGAACAGAGCCUCUUAUUCAGCGCGAAGCGAUGGAAACGCAACCGGAACUGGAAUUUCCAAGCUGCAACUGACGCUUUCAAAAUAUGAUUUAAACGCACGCUUUGAAUGCAAGGUUGAAAGUCAGGCUUUAGAAGAAGCGAUCGUGAAAGGGGUGACGCUUCCCGUUAAAGUGAAGCCGACGAAAAUAAAGCUGUCCGGUGUGAAUGGACAUGUGAAUCAGGGAACAAUCGUUUCACUUAUAUGCCAAGUUUUUGGAGCUAGGCCGAUGGCUGAAGUCGAAUGGUACAACAGCACUUCCAUCAGAAUGGUCACAAACAGCAGCAGAGGAAUUGAAGUUCGUACAGUCUACGAGCAAGAUGCAGGUGGUACUUACACAACGAAAAGCACACUUAGUUUUCCUGCAACGAGAUUCGAAAAUGGCAAACGUUUUGAAUGUUACGGCAAAAAUGAAGUAACAACACUUAAAAGCGAGCCAGAUUUAUACGAACCAAAAAUUCUGGAUGUACGAUAUCCACCAGUGAUUGAAGUUGGUGCGAUUGGAAGUACAGUUGUUAACGAAAAUGUAAAUGUUACUUUAACUUGUCGAUAUUUUGCAAAUCCGCAAAAAUUGGAAGGUGCAACUUGGAUCAAAGAUGGUAAAAACUUGACGAAAAUUCCAAACAAGCAUUACGGAGGUGAUGUGGAAAUGCCAUCUCUUACUAUAAUAGGCGUCACAAGGGAAGAUGCUGGUGAUUAUAGUUGUCUAUUACAGAACGCUGUGAAUUCGUCGAUUUCCGAAGACAUUAUUUAUUUGGAUGUUCAUUAUCCUCCUGAUGUAGAAGUCGUAAUGGCUCCCUCGACACCUGCCAAUGCCACUGAACAAACAAAUGUUACGCUUGUAUGUAACGUAACAUCGGGAAAUCCCCCAGCGCUACGUAAAGUGCGUUGGUUUCUGGACGGUGAGCUUAUGGCUGAACUUCCCGAAUGCAACUACAGCCAACCGGUGAUCAACGACACAAUCGGAGGCCCCUUUUGUGGCAUUGAUCCCAGUAUUUUAAGUUUGAUCAAAGUUGAGCAGACUUUUGCUGGAAACUACACCUGUCAAGGGGAAAAUGAAGCUGGUUCUGGACCUGUGUCUGAACCCCGAGAGCUAAUAGUUUACUAUCCUCCUUCUGCCGCCAAACUCACACACUACCCUCCAACGGUUAUGAAAAGUGGCCAAGUUACUUUAACGUGCAGUGUGGAAGACACAGGUUUUCCCACCAAUGUCACGUAUCUUUGGUUCCGCAACGGUCACAUGAUACACAACAUCACAGUUUCCAACUGGACAAUUCCGCACGCUUCUUUAGAAACACGAAGCAAUUUCACUUGUAUUGCAUUGAACAAAGGUGGACAAAGCAAGCCAGCUUAUGAUUUUGUCAAUGUUGAAGCACCACCGACUGUAAUCACCAAAGCUAGUGCAACUUAUAAAGGCGUACUUUACACCUCGCAAAAUAUGUCGCUCAGCUGCCAAAUCGAAUGUUUUCCGAGAUGUUCAAUCAAAUGGUACAAAGACGGACACGAAAUUAAUUUCGAAAAUAACAAACUUUACUACGUGAUUAACACAAAUCAUUCGGCAGAUUAUAAAACGAACGAUUUUGAAUCGAUAGAAUCGACUCUGGUUUGGAAUAUGACAAACUGGCCGGGAAAGCAGUUGGAUAAAAGUGCACCUGACUCGUAUUACACUUGUGCUAGUUACGAUCCACCAGAUAGACAUCGAGUUGGAGCGAAUUUUUCAACUGCCAUCGGUGUAGAAUAUCCACCUGAAAAUUUAACGGUGUCACACUCUGUUAUCAACGUAAUAGAAGACGAAUCUCCCAUUGAUGUUAAGUGUAGUGGAGAUGGUCGACCAAACCUUAACUACGUGUGGAAACGAAACCAAACAUCUGAAGCAAUUGUAAAAAGUGACACUCUUAAGCUGCCCAAAAUGUCCCGAACGAAAGCAGGCUACUACACAUGUGAGGCUUUCAACAGACACGGCAAUAAAACAAUUCAAGUCAAAUUCAACGUUUGGUACAAACCCGAGUGUAAAAUCGAACGCGGCGAAAUCGAAUACAACCCGUCUUUAAUUUGCAAAGCCGACGGAAAUCCGAACGAAAUGACCUUUACCUGGAUGAUGAUCGAGCAGAACAAAACUUCCGAGCUGAAUCCGAGUGGAGGCAACACCAACUUUAGUUAUUUCUUUCUAGAUUCAAGCGUAACCACCGAUAUUGAGUACCAAUGUGUGGCAAACAAUUCAAUCAAAGCUAGUGAUCCUUGCUCUAUAAAAAUUCCGGCACACCAGGAGCAAAGUAGUCAAAUCGGACGGCCAGGGAGCAAACUGCCUUGGUAUCUCAGCAAGGAAAACUUGAUCGUCCUGAUAACAUCGAUUAUAACACUCAUCAUCUGUUUCAUAAUCGUCUGCAUUGUCAUCAUCGUUUUGUGUCGAAAGAAACGCCAAAAUACCAAAUGCAAUAACCCACUCGAAAUGGAAGAAAGAGAAAAACCUGAUGGCCAAUCACCUGACAGUUCAACUCAAUCGAAAUGGCCUCUCAGACCAGGAGUGUUGGUGCAUGUCAGUAAAAUGCACAACGUAAAUAUUAGCCAAUUAAAUCCUGAAUCGACCCCAUUUCGAACAAGUUCCGUUUCGAACACUAUUCUUAAGUAUAAAAGAAACAAGUCGAAAGUUUAUGCCAGGUUGGAAAGAUUAAAGGAUUGGCUUGGAUUUGGCGGACGCGAACGCAUCCCUAGUGGCAUAACGGAGGGAGCUAGUGGAGUCGUUACGUACAAAAAAAUCAAACCGACAACACCAUCUUCCUACGACACCAAUACUAAUUCAAGGAAAAGGAAAAAACCCGGAUACGCACCCAACCCGUCCUCUACAGGAGAUAAGACGAGAUUAGGGGCUGCUCCACCGGUUGGCGGUUCAGCAGACCCCACAAAUGAUCACGACAAAGGAUUUUACGAAAACCUCCCUUUCCACGGCAUGCAAAACCCACCAAAUAAACCAAUUUCUAUCAUUGCUCCAUUCAGUCAAGAAAUGCGUAAUUUUACUCCCAAAACGCCACCAUCAAUUAACCCUUGCCCUAAAAUUACUGUACAACGUCAUCAGUCGUUUCAUGGCUUCCAAAACACUCACUUGAGAUUUGAUUUCAACCGAAGCAACCCUUUCUUGAAUAAUUGUGCCAACUUUCAAAACAAUCCACAAGUUGAGACGCCCUUCAGCUUUCAGAAUAAUUUCCAACCGAUAUUAAAUUUUAAUCCAUUUUUGCUUCCGAACCCUUUCAGUGUACCACCUCGAACAAAUCGAGUUGCAGGUCGAAGGGAAACGGAUGUGAGACGAACGGCUUCCGGUAUCAAUAUCGCGGAAAAUAAUCAAGUCGAAACAACAAAAAUUGAAAAAUCAAUACCAAACGAUAAGCGUUUCGGUUCUCUAGAAUUGAAAAAACACAAAUGUUACUCACCUACGUUCUAUUCAAUGCGGUGUAAAAAACACGCCAAAAAAAGACCGGUCGUUUAUGCGUUACCCAAAAAAGUUUUCGGCGAACUUAAGCCAAGCGAAGACAAACAACAACAAUUUCAAAAUCUUACAGAUAGUAUUGAAAUUUCGGAACAAAACUCAUCACCUAAAACUUUUCCAAUUCCUGCACCUAGGUGCCGAAAGCAUUUGAAAAAAGACGUUUCCACAAACAAUUCUCCAAACCCGGACGUUUCUAAUAGUUCCAACGAAGGUUCGGAACAUCUUGAAAGCGAAAUUUCCGUGAUUGAAGCACAAAUUCACACUUCUUGUAAUGAGAGCGAAACCAAAAAUUCUUCGAGUGGAAUAAUUAAAGUGGAAGCCAUGAAAGCACUCAAAAAUUCUCCCAUGUUAAAAGUCAGUCCCAAUUUUAUCAAACCCAAAACUGAAAGUCCUAAAGGUGCCUUGUCCUUGCAAAUCCAAGCCAAAAGAAAAAAUUCCACAGACAAUUUAAACCAAACAACAGAUGAUAGUAGCAAAGAGAAUUUACCCUUAAUACCGCAAAUGCCAUUAUUAAACCCUCAGUGUAAGUGGAGUCCUGGCUUAACUAGUGUUAAACAACAGAACGCUUUUUACACACUAACAACCCCGCAUUACAAACAUGUAAAUGUUGGCUUGCCCCCGCAAUAUUCAGCGACCAUCCCCAAGCACACCAAGCUCAUACCUCGAGCAUUAUUCAAUGAGCCUUUACCGAAGAGCAAAUCCUUUUCGUCGAAACCAAAACACAAAAAGCACUUCCAAAUACCCCUACAAAAGUGCCACAGUUUUAAGUUUCAAACGGCGGAAAGUUACUUUCAACCGAUUCGAAACAUCCACGAAGAAGAUCUUAUGAAGAACGGCUACGUGUCAGACUACCCUCCUCCUAGUGAAAGUAGUAGUCGAACGACACGACAUCAUAAACGUGGAGGUGAAAAAGCCAAACAGAAAACUAAAGGGCCUUUGGUGGUAAUGAGGCCCAACAUGCAAUUCCCCGAAAGUGUACAAAGCUCCGUUCAGCUUCAAUAUCCACAGCCUGUGUUAGGAAGGAGUGUGAAGAAGCCGAACGGAGUGGUUUACGCAGAUUUAGACAUGCCUAAGACUAAUAAUAAGAAGGGCUCACAACACGACAACAGCUCUUGUAUGCAAAAUAAAACACAAAAGUCCAAACCAAAGACUGAAUACGCAACGCUUAGUUUUAAUGAUGUUGGUCAAGAAAUUGACGUUUAACAUUCAAUAAUUAGGACACGUACUAAUUUAUUUAGUUUAAGCCUUACCGGCCGGAAUUCAGUGACCUAGAAUAUGCAGACGUUGAUUACAAAUACGGCCCUAUAAAUUACAAGGCGGCUUCCAUUUACGCAGCCAUGAAAAGAAACAAAAACAACAAUAGAAUGGAAGAAGUAAAUAA